GUCCAGGGUGGUCUACUCUUAAGGGGAUGCUUUAAAUAUCAAAUGUGCGCAGCUGAAAAACGACCACCCAUGUUCUUGCUUCCUCUUUUCAGCUGUGCGUGUGUUUUGCCCAUUUGCGGUUUUUGGUAGUUGUUCGAGUUUCGCAUCUGUUCAAACUCCCACAAUGGCCUCAACCGUUGAGCAAACGCCCACAGAGAUGACGUCGGCAGCCGCAACGCCGCCGUCGCUUGGUCAGGCAGUGCAUCCGGCUAUUGCUGCUGGAGCGCGACAAAUCGAGGCAGCCCAGAAGCCUCAACCCACCGUCGCUGUCCAGGCCUCGCCCAACGCCACUGCACCUGCUACCACCGGUACAGAACAGACUCUCUCUUCCGCGGCUCUACCGACAGCACAGCCUGUGAUAAUUGGUGAGGCAACAGUUCGGGAUCCGGAACAAACAGCUUCAUUCCCUCAGCGUUUGAAGAAUGAAGAUAGACACUGGGCAUGGAAAGUCGCAUUGAGGAGUCUGCAAUGUAUUGUUUGUCUGGCCGGUAUAGGCUGCUGUGCGUGGAUCCUCGCAGGCGCAAUCCACCUUGAAGGCUAUGGGUUUUACGGCACGGAUUUCAGCAGCGACAAAUACAUGACAAAAAUCGCCAUUCCCAUGUUUAUCUUCUCCAUCCUCUGGGGCUUAACUGACCUCCUGGUUCGCCUCUGCCGCAAACCACCUCGGCCCGCCCACCCGGCUGUCAUACUGAGCAUCGAUCUCUGCUUCUGGCUCCUCUUCAUCAUUCCGAUCCUCGCCUGCAUUAUUGCAUACAGCGAAAUCGACUAUCUAGGCAAUUCUGGCUACGACGGCCCCUAUAUACCUGACCCCAGCGACACCUCCUACAAUGGCUACCGGGGCCAGUAUUACCUGAACCAGACGACCGACACGUGGAUCUACAACGUUACAUAUGUCGAUAGACCCGAUAGGGAGUACAACUACACGUCAAACACCUGGUACUACCCGGAGCAAAAAGACCCCAGCACCAUAACCCGUGUCUGCUCCAGUUUGUACAGCUCCUGCAGCGAGCAGGACGCCGCGGUCAACGCUCUUUGGAAACAGAAGCCGACGCGCCUCGCCAUCAUCAUCGCCGUCGCCGCUAUGCUCGGCCUCGCCGCCUUGUGCCAUUUCCAACUCUUCGUGUGGGCCUGCGUGGACACGCACACGUGGCGCGUGAACAAGAAGCAGGAGGCGCUCACGAGGUCGAUCGAAGGCAUGUUGGCUACGGGACAACUGGUGUUUUCUCCGGGCGCCAAUGGUCAGCUAGUGAUGCGGCCGGCGCCGGCGCAUUUGCCUGCCCAGGUAUACCCUCCAGCAAUGCAGCAGGCUCCUCCCACCAUACCACAACAAUCUCAGGGUGUGAGAUACGCCUAGAUGUUUGCGUCAAACUCGAAUUCAACUGGUCUCUUUUACAAAAGAAAAGAAAAGAAAAAAUACAUGAUCCAGAUCGGUCACAUCAGGUCCAGUAGAUAAUAUACAGCGAUACAUAAUAAUUAAUGGAUUGAUACCAGUACUUUGUAGAUGCGCAAACACUCUGAAUAUUUCAUGACCCCCAAGCCAACCUAGCAGUUUGUUUGUGCGCAGCCAGAUAAUCCUCAUACAUCCGAUCAGAGUGACCAGCUGUUCAUACACCGCACACACCCAGACCACAACUCAGACCGCCUGCGGGGUCCUUCUGGUCACGGCAGCAUAUAGUCCCGCCUCCGCAAAAGCAAGAGGACUCCGUCAAGGCAGCAGUCUUUGCGUAUGCAAUCUUGCCGAUCAACUCGGUGAAGAAGUGCCCUCUCUCCGAGGGCACAUUCUCUGCGUCUACGGGCUUGUUUCGGUCCACUGUACCCCUCAGCGGUUCAGGUGAUAAUCGCGACGGGUCUUGUAUGGUGAGACCCGGGGUUUGGGUUCUACCUUGUCGGCUUUGUCUUGAGCAGUUUGUGGGUGCCGACAAGAUCGUGUGAGCCAGGAGGGCGAAUAAUAGUUGGAAGAUGAGCAGUUUCAUAGUAAAGUGAUUGCUGUUGUUCUGAACUGGGCUGGCAAUUUAUUUUUACUGUUUGCCGUCUAGGAUUAUAUCGUUGAACCUUUU